CAGAAGCAUGAUGGCGGCGAGAGCAGGAACGCAGCAGAACCGAAUUUGCCAAAGCACGAAACCACGUAACAUGACUUGCCUCACGUGAUUACACUGUUUACCGUGUAAAUAUGGCUUCUCACUUGUCUUAUAGCCGAGUCAAUCUUAAUAUAUUGAGGGAAGCUGCAAGGAAGGAGCUUCGCGAGUUUCUGGACAGAUGCGCAGGAAGCAAGGCCAUUGUAUGGGACGAGUACCUCACAGGACCGUUUGGAUUAAUAGCUCAGUAUUCGUUGCUGAAGGAACAUGAAGUGGAAAAGAUGUUUACACUCAAAGCGGGACGUGUGCCAUCAGCUGAUGUCAAAAAUGUCAUCUUCUUUGUACGUCCAAAGCUGGAGUUGAUGGACAUUAUUGCAGAGAAUGUAAUGAGUGAGGACAAGUUGCAGCCACAGCGUGAGUUCCACAUACUGUUUGUACCUCGGCGCAGUCUGCUGUGUGAGCAGCGCCUAAAGGAGCAAGGCAUCCUGAAUGCCUUCACUAACAUCGAUGAGUACAUUCUAGACCUCAUCCCUUAUGAUGGAGACCUACUGUCCAUGGAAUCGGAAAGUGCAUUCAGGGAAUGUUAUCUUGAGAAUGACCAGACGAGCCUGUAUCACACUGCUAAGGGUUUGAUGACUCUGCAGGCACUGUAUGGAACCAUCCCGCAGAUCUUUGGCAAAGGAGAAUGUGCAAGGCAUGUAGCGAAUAUGAUGCUGCGGAUGAAGCGGGAGUUUGCUGGCAGUCAGAAUCAAAUCCUGCCGGUGUUUGAUACGCUCUUGUUAUUGGACCGAAACGUGGACCUGCUCACACCGCUAGCCACACAGCUCACCUACGAAGGCCUCGUUGAUGAGAUCUACGGCAUUACUAACGGUUACGUGAAGCUUCCCCCUGAGAAAUUUGCCCAGAAGAAGGCAGGUGAAGGAGGUAAAGAUCUGCCCACGGAGCCCAAGAAGUUACAGCUCAACUCUGCUGAGGAGCUCUAUGCUGAAAUCCGUGACAAGAACUUUAACGCUGUAGGAGCAGCACUCAGCAAGAAAGCCAAGAUCAUCUCUGCCGCAUUUGAAGAGCGCCACAACGCGAAGACUGUUGGGGAGAUUAAACAGUUUGUAUCCCAGCUGCCUCACAUGCAGGCCGCUCGCACCUCGCUGGCCAACCACACGUCCAUUGCUGAGCUCAUCAAGGACAUCACCACCUCAGAAGUUUUUUUUGAUAACUUGACAGUGGAGCAAGAGUUUAUGACCGGAGUGGAUACAGACAAGAUUAACACUUACAUAGAGGACUGCAUAGCACAGAAGGACCCACUUAUCAAGAUCCUCCGGCUGGUCUGCAUACAGUCCAUCUGCAAUAACGGCCUUAAACAGAAAGUUCUUGAUUUUUACAAGAGAGAAAUCCUGCAGAUUUACGGAUACGAGCACAUUCUGACCCUCAACAACUUGGAGAAGGUUGGCUUACUCAAAUCUCAGACCACCACGAGGAACAAUUAUCCCACCAUCAGGAAAACACUCAAGCUCUGGAUGGAGGAUGCGAACGAACAGAACCCCAAUGACAUCUCCUAUGUGUAUAGCGGUUACGCUCCUCUCAGCGUGAGGCUGACUCAGGUUCUGGCUCGGCCAGGCUGGAGAAGCAUUGAGGAGGUGCUGAAAAUGCUGCCUGGGCCACACUUUGAGGAGAGACAGCAGCUUCCCCCUGGUCUCCAUAAGAAACGUCAGCAGGGAGAGAACAGGACAACGCUGGUGUUCUUCCUCGGGGGUGUGACGUAUGCAGAAAUUGCUGCACUCCGCUUUCUGUCUCAGAUGGAAGACGGUGGGACAGAGUACAUCAUCGCCACUACCAAACUCAUCAAUGGCACCAGCUGGAUAAAAUCUCUAAUGGACCGUCCUGAAGCACACAUACCCUGAGAAUGUCCCAUGAGCAUUUUAGAGCAUGUGCUUAUUUCUCCUGUAUCCAGAAGUACAAAUGCAACGGCUUUAAGUCAUUAAGUGUUUUCUUUGCAAGGCACCAACUGCAAUUCCCUGUGCACCCAUAUUAAAAAACUGUUAGAAACCAUCGCUGAAAUUGUAAGAACACUGAUCCCUUGAUUUAAAAAAAUCCACAGGUGAGGGGGGAAAAAAAAAAGGAAAGCAGCAGAACUGUGUGGGGAGGAAAAGGAGGGGGGAAAAUGUUUUUUGUUUUUUUAAAGAAAUUGUUUUAUUUAAAAAAAUGUUUUUUUUUAAAUUAUCAACAUUAUUGUUUUAUUAUUAAUUUAAAUCAAUCUUUAAGGUUCAUGUUAAAAAAUGUUCAUGUUGUGGAUGCAAUUUUAAAAAAAUGUUUAUGACAAAGACGCUCAAUCAUCAACAUUGACACAACAAAACAAGUUUCAUAAGAGCAAAUUUGUUUGAAUAAAGUUGUGUAACCCGUUUUAACUUUUUGUUGUCACUUAAUUGCUUUAAAAGUUAAAAAGAAUUGUUGGCUUGACUUUAUAUACCAUUAUUUUGACUUCCUCACUUUAUGUCAGGACUCUGCUUGGACAUAUUCUCUGAUGGAAUAUUAGGGGGCGCUCCUACAGAGUGUUGUCACAGCUGGACUCACUUUCAACUCAUUUUCUCUGUGUUGCAUGUAGCUUCACAGAGUCCUUGUUUGUCUGUUGUUGUUGUUGUUGUUUUCUUUGUUGGUUUAUGUUACCUGUUUGUUAAUAAAUUGUUUUUGGUUA